AUGAGUGAGGUUGAUUUUAAUAUUUCGUCAGAGUUGAGUAAAGAAUACGAGGAAAAGUAUUCUGCACACAACUAUCAUCCAUUACCAGUUGUUUUCCACAGGGCAUUGGGAUCGAAAGUCUGGGAUCCUGAGGGAAAGGAGUAUUUGGAUUUUUUGAGUGCAUACAGUGCCAUCAACCAAGGACACUGCCAUCCUCGAAUUAUCAAGGCGUUGGUUGAUCAGAGCAAGAAGUUGACGUUGUCAUCGAGAGCGUUUUCCAACGAUGUGUUUUCAAACUACAGCAAGUUCAUCACUGAGUAUUUUGGGUAUGAGAUGGUGCUACCAAUGAAUACGGGAGCAGAGGCAGUUGAAACCGGAUUGAAGUUGAUCAGAAGAUGGGGGUAUUUCAAGAAAGGAAUUGCAGAAAACAAGGCAAUUAUUUUGGGAGCAUCUAACAAUUUCCAUGGAAGAAGCAUUGGGAUCAUUUCAUUGUCGAGUGAUGAAGAUGCCAGAAAGGGAUUUGGGCCAUUUGUUGAAGGAAUCAGUUGUUUUGUUCCUGGAAGUGAAGAAAAAAGAUACAUUCGAUACGGAGAGAUUGAGGACCUUCGGGAGAGUCUUCGAGUGGCCGGAGAUAAGGUAGCCGGGAUUUUGUUGGAGCCAAUCCAAGGUGAAGCAGGAAUCGUUGUUCCUCCCGAGGGGUACUUCCGAGAAGUGCGCAAGUUGUGCGACGAGCAUAAUGUGUUGUUGGUGGUUGACGAGAUCCAAACAGGAAUUGGCAGAACAGGCCGGAUGUUGUGCUACGAGCACUACGGAAUCAGGCCGGACGUGGUGUUGUUAGGCAAGGCGCUCGGCGGAGGAGUGUUGCCCAUUUCGGCGGUGUUGAGCAGUCGUGAGAUCAUGCUCUGCUUCGAGCCCGGAUCGCACGGAUCGACGUUUGGCGGCAAUCCGUUGGCAAGCCGUGUGGGUAUCGAGGCGUUGCGAGUUGUUCGCGAAGAGAAGUUGGUGGAGCGGGCAGCAGCAUUGGGCGCGAUGUUUAAGAAGAAGCUCUGCCAGAUCCAGGAGAAACACCGUGGAAUCGUGUCGGAGGUGCGCGGGAUGGGCUUGCUAUUGGCAAUAGUAAUUGAUCCCAGGGGCCUUGGGGGACGAACAGCGUGGGACGUGUGCUUGAAGAUGAAGGAGCUUGGGGUGUUGGCCAAACCCACGCACGGACACAUCAUCCGGUUGGCACCUCCGUUGGUGAUUAGUCAGGAGGACUUGCUCAGGGGAGCGGCGGCAAUCGACCGCGCUCUCGGCGAGCUCGCGCGCGCUUGA